AUGGCCGCACUUGUAGAGGCUGAGCGGAUGGAAAGGGUGAAGGCCCUUUCAGAGGCGCAGCAGCGAGUCAAUAUGCUGAGGGAUACAGUGAGAGUGAUGGCGAACCGUCAGGUGAUGCUUAUGGGCAACAAGCGACGCUUUGAUAUCUCCACAAAGGAGCUGACACGUCUUUCCGCGGAUCACUGCGUGUACGAAAGCAUUGGCCGCGUGUUUCUACGCACGCCUGUGAACGCCCUCAUAGAGAAGCAGACGGCGCAGGCUGAGAGCUGUGAGGCGGAGGAAAGACGCCUCUCGAGCGAGAAGCGCCGCGUGACAGAGCAGCUGCAGAAGGAUGAGGCUCAGCUGCGCGAGGCGGCUGAGGCGUACAUGGCAGAGAUGAACUCAAGACAACGCCAACAGCAACAGCAGUAG